GCCUUCUCCCAACCUGUGCCGCUUCCGCCUUUCUAGUUUGGUCUUCGUCAUGGGCUGGGAGGAGGUGUCGGUGCGAGGCUAUGCCGAAUUCGAACUGGCGGCCCGGGAGCAGCAGCGGCGAGGGCGGCGCGUCUUCGCCUACUUCAGCGGCGACAAGGAUCCCGCCAGCGGCACCAGCUGGUGCCCGGAUUGCGUGAAAGCGGAGCCAAUUGUGCGAGCUGAGCUCCUUAAUAUGCCAGAAGCAUCUGUAUUCAUCUACUGCCAAGUAGGAGACAGAACCUACUGGAAAGAUCCCAGCAAUGAGUUCAGAAAGAAUCUUAAGCUUACCGGAGUGCCUACAUUACUUAAAUAUGGAACUCCUCAGAAGCUGGUGGAAGAAGAAUGCUUUAAAUCAGAGCUUGUGCGCAUGUUGUUCACAGAAGACUGAACUCGCUUUACAUGCAUUAGGAUGCUGCUAUCAUGUGUUAAGCUGCUCAAAGCACCUCAAAAGGAACCAUGCUCAUGCCUGUGUGAUCCCUGGCACACAUCUGGUUUAAGCAAAGCAAUGCUCAAAUGCAAGGGAACAAGUAUGGUGUGGGACCUCUUGUAAUCUGGAAAUGGGAAGAUUUAAAUAAAAACUUAGCAACAAAUUGGGUUCAUUAAAAAAACCUUAAUAUGAA